AUGGGAGGUGGGGGUCUCGCGUUUCUCAACAAGAAAACAUGGCACCCCGGGAGGAUCCAGAACCAGGAGGAGAAGUGGAAGAGAGAACAGGCAGCUGAGAAGGAGACUCGCAAGCUAGAUGAGAUUCGCAAACAGAUCGCGGAGGAACGGCAGCGUGAGGAGUUGGAAACAGUCGCUCACGCCGCAGGUGUCAAGGACAAAAGCGACAAGCUUGACUGGAUGUACCAAGGCGGUAUGGUGGCAAAAGCGGAAGCCGACAAGCGCAAUGAUGAGCAGCUGCUUGGGGCAAAGCCUCUGCAGCUCCAAGAUGCUGCAGCUCCUAGCGCAGGCAAUGCAGCAGUCAAGCUACCGACCUUCUAUGCAGAGGACACUGCAGCAUCUGCGAACGAAGUCUGGCAGCGCAUCCACAGUGAUCCCCUGUUUGCGGUAUGUUUCCUUCCACUAAUACACAAGGGGGGUUUAACUGUCAUACCAUAA